AUGGAUUUUGCGAAAGCUAUAGACAAUUUACAUAAGAUUUUGACUAACGAAGAGAAAUUUGCUGAGAUUAAUAAGGCAAUUUUCGAUGCAAUUGAUACUGAUAACAGUGGUACUCUAGAGCGUGAUGAAGUUGAAAGUUUCAUUAAGGGAUUACUUAGAGGAGUACAUACAGAUGAGAGUGGUUUGAACAAUGGAGACUUUGAGGACAGACAUAGAAUAGUAUUUGCUCUCCUAGAUGAAAAUGAAAGUGGUGAGAUCACUCUGGAUGAACUUGGAAAGUUUCUGAGAGAAUUGUUUAAGGAAUAGAUAAAAGAGUUACAGGAAGCAUUGGAAAGAGACAAACUAAAAGGUCAAGGUGGCCUGAAUACUGGAAUACAGAACAAGCAUUUCAGUGAUGAGAUUUGA